CUGGGAGGCGCUUUGCGGCUGUGCAGAGGCUGACUUUUGAGGAGGCGGAGUUCUGUCCUUCACCGGCAGGAGAGCAGUGGGACGUUUGGUGGCGACAGCAGCUGCCAGGCGCAGCCCUGCCUGGUCGCGGGCUUUACAUUCCUGGCUGACCAAAGUGACCUCAAAAAGGAGGGAAAAUGGCUUCUGAAUCUGAAACCCUGAAUCCCAGUGCUCGGAUAAUGACCUUUUAUCCCACCGUGGAGGAGUUUCGGAACUUCAGUCGAUAUAUUGCCUACAUUGAAUCCCAGGGAGCUCAUCGGGCUGGGCUGGCCAAGGUUGUUCCCCCAAAAGAGUGGAAGCCACGAGUAUCCUAUGAUGAUAUUGAUGAUCUGGUCAUUCCUGCUCCCAUCCAACAGCUGGUGACUGGGCAGUCUGGCCUCUUUACUCAAUACAACAUACAAAAGAAAGCCAUGACUGUUCGAGAGUUCCGCAAAAUAGCCAACAGUGAUAAGUACUGUACCCCACGCUAUAAUGAGUUUGAAGAACUUGAACGGAAAUACUGGAAAAACCUCACAUUCAAUCCACCAAUCUAUGGUGCUGAUGUGAAUGGCACCCUCUAUGAAAAGCAUGUUGACGAGUGGAAUAUUGGCCGGCUGAAAACAAUCCUGGAUUUGGUGGAAAAGGAGAGUGGGAUCACCAUUGAGGGUGUGAACACCCCAUACCUGUACUUUGGCAUGUGGAAGACAUCCUUUGCUUGGCAUACUGAGGACAUGGACCUGUACAGCAUUAAUUACCUGCACUUCGGAGAACCAAAGUCCUGGUACUCCGUUCCCCCUGAGCAUGGAAAGCGAUUGGAGCGCCUUGCCAAAGGCUUUUUUCCAGGAAGUGCUCAAAGCUGCGAGGCUUUUCUCCGCCAUAAGAUGACCCUGAUUUCCCCUUUAAUGCUGAAGAAAUACGGAAUUCCCUUUGACAAGGUGACUCAAGAAGCGGGAGAGUUUAUGAUCACUUUCCCUUAUGGUUACCAUGCCGGCUUUAACCAUGGCUUCAAUUGUGCGGAGUCUACCAAUUUUGCCACCCGGCGGUGGAUUGAGUAUGGCAAACAAGCUGUGCUGUGCUCCUGUAGAAAGGACAUGGUAAAGAUCUCCAUGGAUGUGUUUGUGAGGAAGUUCCAGCCAGAAAGGUACAAACUUUGGAAAGCUGGAAAGGACAGCACAGUUAUUGACCAUACUCUGCCCACGCCGGAAGCUGCUGAGUUUCUGAAGGAGAGCGAACUGCUCCCAAGAGCCAAGAGUGAGGAGGCAUGCCCAGAGGAGGGUGACAUGGAAGGGGCUGAGGACGGAGAGGACGGCGACCUGAGGAGAAGUCUAGCCAAGCACCGCAUAGGGACAAAGAGGCACCGAGUUUGUCUUGAAAUACCGCAGGAGGUGAGUCAGAGUGAGCUCUUCCCCAAGGAGGAGCUGAGUCCCGGACAGUAUGAUAUGACGGAGUGCCCGGCUGCCCUUGCUCCUGUGAGGCCCACCCAUAGCUCUGUGCGGCAAGUCGAGGACGGUCUUACCUUCCCAGAUUAUUCUGACUCUACUGAAGUCAAAUUUGAAGAGCUUAAAAACGUCAAACUAGAAGAGGAGGAGGAGGAGGAGGAGGAGGAGGAGGAACAAGAAGUGGCUGCCUUGGAUCUUUCUGUGAAUCCUGCUUCUUUAGGGGGACGCCUUGUCUUCUCGGGUUCCAAAAAGAAGUCGUCAUCUAGCCUGGGCUCCAGUUCUUCACAGGAUUCUGUUUCUUCUGAUUCAGAAACUAGUGAGCCUCUAUCCUGCCGAGCCCAAGGGCAAAUGGGAGUUCUCACUGUGCACAGCUAUGCCAAAGGGGACAACAGGGUCGCCAUGGGAGAGCCAUGCCUGAGGAAGAAAGGGGGCGCCAGCGGAAGUGUCAGCGAGCGGGAGCUGGCUGAGGUUGCGGAUGAAUACAUGUUUUCCCUGGAGGAGAAUAAGAAGUCGAAGGGCCGUCGUCAGCCCUUAAGCAAGCUCCCCCGCCAUCACCCACUCGUGCUGCAGGACUGUGUCAGUGAUGAUGACACAUCUGAGCAGCCGACUCCUGAGGAGGAGGCUGAGGAGACAGAGGCCUGGGCCAAGCCCCUGAGCCAGCUGUGGCAGAACCGACCCCUGAACUUUGAGGCCGAGAAGGAAUUCAAUGAGACCAUGGCCCAGCAGGCCCCUCACUGUGCCGUCUGUAUGAUCUUUCAGACUUAUCAUCAGGUUGAGUUUGGAGGCCUUAGUCAGAACUGUGGAAAUGCUGCAGAUUUAGCCCCCCAGAAGCAGAGGACCAAGCCACUGAUUCCAGAAAUGUGCUUUACCUCAACUGGCUGCAGUACAGACAUCAACCUUUCUACCCCUUACCUUGAGGAGGAUGGCACCAGCAUUCUGGUUUCCUGCAAAAAGUGCAGUGUCCGGGUCCACGCCAGUUGCUAUGGGGUCCCCCCUGCAAAGGCUUCUGAAGACUGGAUGUGUUCUAGGUGUUCGGCCAAUGCCCUGGAGGAGGACUGCUGUUUAUGCUCAUUACGAGGAGGAGCCCUACAGAGAGCAAAUGACGACAGGUGGGUCCACGUCUCAUGUGCUGUGGCAAUUCUGGAAGCAAGGUUUGUCAACAUUGCAGAAAGAAGUCCAGUGGAUGUGAGCAAAAUCCCCCUGCCCCGCUUCAAACUGAAAUGUGUUUUCUGCAAGAAGCGGAGGAAAAGAAAUGCUGGCUGCUGUGUGCAGUGUUCCCAUGGCCGUUGCCCAACUGCCUUUCAUGUGAGCUGUGCCCAGGCUGCUGGUGUGAUGAUGCAGCCAGAUGACUGGCCCUUUGUCGUCUUCAUCACCUGCUUCAGGCACAAGAUUCCCAACUUGGAGCGUGCCAAGGGCGCCUUGCAGAGCAUCACUGCAGGGCAGAAGGUCAUCAGCAAGCACAAGAAUGGGCGCUUUUAUCAGUGUGAGGUGGUCAGGCUCACCACUGAGACCUUCUAUGAAGUCAACUUUGAUGAUGGCUCCUUUAGUGACAAUCUCUACCCUGAAGACAUAGUGAGUCAGGACUGUCUCCAGUUGGGUCCUCCUGCUGAAGGGGAAGUGGUCCAAGUGAGAUGGACAGAUGGCCAAGUCUAUGGAGCCAAGUUUGUGGCUUCCCACCCCAUCCAGAUGUACCAGGUGGAGUUUGAGGAUGGCUCACAGCUUGUGGUUAAGAGAGAUGAUGUGUACACGCUGGAUGAAGAGCUUCCCAAGAGAGUCAAGUCUAGACUGUCAGUAGCCUCAGACAUGCGCUUCAAUGAGAUUUUCACGGAGAAAGAGGUUAAACAGGAAAAGAAACGGCAACGAGUCAUCAACUCAAGAUACCGGGAAGAUUACAUUGAGCCUGCAUUAUACCGGGCCAUCAUGGAGUAGGUGCUUCCAGGGGCCAAGAGAUUUCCAGCCAUCAAGGCGAGAGCAUCCUGGGGUUCCACAGCACAGCAGACACUUGGAACUCUGAAGUCUCUAAAAGUGAAGUUGUAAAAUGAAAGGAGUGAAAUAACCAGCCCCGUCAUCAUCUUACCCCACCCUCAUCAGGUCCGCUGUAGUGAAUGGACAACUGUUCUUGGACACAUGGCAGCAGCCGCUGAUCUCACAGCUGAGGGGCUGAGCACUGGAAUGCUGUGGCUGCAUUGGCCCCAGUCUGUAAUGGCUGGGUUGGUUGCCCUGUUCCUCGCCUAGGACUUAGCUUCCUAAUGAUCACCUGCACCAACUAGGCAGAGGUGCUGGUGCUUACCCCCACCCACCUUUUGUAUUUAUAUAUGUGUGUGUGUGUGUGUGUGUGUGUAUGUGUACGUGUGUACACGGACCAGCUUCUGCCAGUCCCAGGCCUUUACUUCUUUCUUUGCCUAUCCAGGGCAAACAAAAUGUGAAAUUCUGCCCUCAGCUGAGCUGAGUAAGGGCCCCUGGGGGUUGGCUGGAAAUGGAUGUGGCAUGUCUGUCCCUGAAACUGCCUCAAGGGAGUUCUGGCAAAGCUGCAGUGUUGAGAUGCUGAGGAGUUAAUGCCACCUCUUCGUCUCUCUUGAAGAAGAUAGGGGUACCGUGGGUGUGUGCUCACAUCACUCUAGGCACAGAGCCCCUUGUGGCACAGUAUUAGAGGGUGUGGGUGAGGGAAUACCCUGAAGAGCAACUUUAAUGAUGGAAGCAGGCAGAGCCUGGUGGGUGAUUCUGUCAACAGAAAAUUGCAAUCAUGCAGGGGCUGGGUGGGUUAAGAUGAAUUGGGGCCACUGGAGACCAGGUGCAGGUUUAGAUGUGCCCUGGUCUAAGGGUGGGAGGGUGCUGAUUUGGGAGGGGGUGGGACUGGAGGGCAACACUGAAGGGGUUAGCAGGUUUUUGCUCCUCAUGAAUUUGUUUGCCUGGGCCCAGGAUUGGAGGGCUUUACACCUAUACCCUGUGUAUACAAGAAUCAGAUUUAUAAUACUUCCCUUUUUUUUUGUUACGUAUGAACGCUAUAAACCAAAUUAUUUUGAAAA